AUGCCCUAUCUUUUUUCUUAUAGAAACACUUUUGUUUCAUCUUUACAGCAUAGUUUUAGAAAUAUUCGAUUUUAUGUUUCUGUUCAAGAAACUCCUAAAAAAACAGUUUUUGGAGGUCUUAAAGAUUAUGAUAGGAUUUUCCAAAAUUUAUAUAGUCGUUAUGAUACUAGUUUAAAAUCUGCACAAAAACUAGGAGAUUGGUAUAAAACUAAAGAAAUUUUACUUAAAGGACAUGAGUGGAUUAUUUCUGAGAUUAGAGACUCGGGACUUCGUGGAAGAGGAGGAGCAGGUUUUCCUUCUGGAUUAAAGUGGAGUUUCAUGAAUAAACCGGGUUUUGAAAAAGAUCAGCGUGCUAGAUAUCUUGUUAUUAAUGCCGAUGAGGGAGAACCUGGUACAUGUAAAGAUCGUGAGAUUAUGAGAAAAGAACCUCAUAAACUUAUUGAGGGAUGUCUUAUUGCGGGCCGUGCAAUGAAUGCUACUGUUUGUUACAUUUAUAUUCGUGGUGAAUUUUAUAACGAAGCAAUAAUUCUGCAGUCUGCAAUUGAUGAAGCUUAUAAGGCUGGGUUAAUAGGAAAAAAUGCAUGUGGAUCGGGGUAUAAUUUUGAUAUAUAUAUUCAUAGAGGAGCUGGGGCAUAUAUUUGUGGUGAAGAAACAAGUCUUAUUGAGUCUCUUGAAGGGAAACAGGGGAAACCAAGAUUAAAACCGCCUUUUCCAGCUGAUGUGGGACUUUUUGGAUGUCCUACAACAGUAACGAAUGUUGAAACAGUGGCAGUGGCGCCUACUAUUUGUCGUCGAGGAGCUAGUUGGUUUAGUAGUUUUGGUCGUGAACGGAAUUCUGGCACGAAAUUGUUUUGUAUUAGCGGACAUGUUAAUAAUCCCUGCACUGUUGAAGAGGAAAUGUCAAUUCCGUUGAAAGAUCUUAUUGAAAGACAUUGUGGGGGUGUAAGAGGUGGUUGGGAUAAUUUAUUAGGAAUCAUUCCUGGAGGGUCAUCUGUACCAAUUUUAAACAAAACUCAAUGUGAAAAUGUUCUUAUGGAUUUUGAUUCUCUUAGAGAUGCGCAAUCUGGAUUAGGAACUGCUGCAGUUAUUGUCAUGGAUAAAUCUACUGAUUUAAUUAGAGCUAUAUCUAGGUUUUCUGCUUUUUAUAAGCAUGAAAGUUGUGGUCAAUGUACUCCUUGUCGAGAAGGAACAACAUGGAUUUAUAAUAUAAUGAAACGACUUGAAACAGGUGAUGCUCAAAUAAGAGAAAUUGAUAUGCUAUGGGAACUAACAAAAGAAAUAGAAGGUCAUACAAUAUGUGCACUUGGCGAUGCUGCUGCUUGGCCGGUUCAAGGGCUUAUUCGCAAUUUUAGAGAUUAUAUAGAAGAUAGAAUAAAAAAGCGUUCUUGA